AUGAAGGUUUUAAUGCCUCAAAUUCAAGCCACUUUGAACAAUAUCGCAUCAUUAUUUGGCCUAGUGCCUAACCGAGUCCCAGGAUCCACAACAGUUCCUGGGGAAUUUAUAUGCCAAUUGGCCGCCAGACACCAUGGGCUACCAAAUGGCGAGUUUUUGUUCAGGCCUGGCAAAUGUUUAAAACUUAGCAAGGCUAAAAACAAAUACCCCCCGCUAGUUGUAUAUGAAGAAACGAGGGAUGGUAAUCUAAACGAUAUUUGGCUCGGACAUUUGCGAUUCACUGGUUAUUUUUCUAUCACGGCUAGCACUAAACACCUACUAAAUACACAAUUUUCAGAACAAUUAGCAAGUUCAGAAUCGACUGAAAGAGAAGGAGUAGACGAUGCUCAUACUUUAUUUCUAUUUCCCUAUGAACGAAAGGAUGGGGAGGCAAUCAGCAAUUUGCUAAUCGCUAAAGGCAAUUUUCUCACAUCACUUGACAUACAAAGCAUUUCCUUUUGUGCUGCUAGCACAGGUAGUAGUAGGCUUCUUCAUGCACUGAGUGAAGUUGUUAAACACUCGAUAAGCCAUAACAAAAACCUAUCAGCCUUGCUAAUGCUAGAUAUAUUAAAUUGCUCCAGUGUCGUACGCUACAAAAUUGAUUGUGAAAAAGACAUCUUCGAACAAAUAUCUAAUUCUAUCAACAAAAAGUGUGAUGACGAAAAACCGACUGCCAAUUGUUACUGGGAUGCUAGAGUGCUGGAUAAAAUCGCAACAUUGUUUUCAUUACGCCGUUCGUAUAAUGAAGUGACAUCAGGGUUAGUAAAAACUUUCAGUGAUUUUGUUUGCGAUCGAUUAGAAUGUUUAUCACCGAAGCUUGUGACAAAUAUCGUUUCUGCCGUAGGAAACUCCAAAUGCCUUGACGAAUUCUGGAUGUUCAUGAUGGCUAAACGUAUUCAAGAUACUGCACAAUGCUACGAGCCGGAGGAUUUAGCCACUAUAAUCGACACCUACGCCACGGCUUCCCUUGAGGAUACAGGUUUUUAUGAAUCUGUUUGUGAGAACGUAAAGGAGAAACUUGACCAAUUCACCCCGCACCAACUGGCAAUAGUCCUCUCUGCAUUAGCUAGAGUCAGGAUAAGGGAUUUGGAUCUUGUACAAGGGGCCCUUGAAAUAAUUAAACAUUAUUUAUUGCAAGAGUAUCAUUCGGAGAUAUUUACACAAUCCUCAAAAACGUUACACAAACGUGACUUAUCACAAGAUAUACUAGUUAUUGCAUAUACCCUUGUUGCGGCUAGUGAAUUGGAUUACCGAGAUGACACUCUCGAUCUCCUAUGGCGUAUUUUGGCUCUGAGAUUAAAAGAUACAGUUUUUGAUAUUUCUGUCUCCACUUGGCUUCCAUUUGCAGUGGCGGCAUAUCCUAGCCCCACUUCACUGCGUACAUUUCUGCCAGUGUGGACAAAUCAUGUCAAUACUAUAACUAGACGUAUUAAAUCCAAGACAUUUGCUAGGACAGUGCAAAGGAGACAUGCUCUACUAUUGCAGUGUUUCAAGACGGGUAUUAUUCCAGAGGAGUUUGUUAUGCCUAGCGAACUUGACACUUUGAAUGACAUUUGCAAAUAUUCCCAUUUUGGAGGAUUACGCCAAGAAGAGUGCGGAAGCACUUUUACACCAGAAAGCUCGACCUUUCAUUUGGAGGUCUCUGCCUGCCUACGGGGCCUUCAGGUACAGCACCAAAGAGAGCUUCAGUCUAUUCCUUUUGUGCUAGACAUUGUCAUCCAACAGCAAACUACGACAAGGCAUGAGCCUUUAAAUACUAGACAGCAAACAAAAGGUUGGGGAGGGUACAAUUUACAUCACGACAGAUACUCCCCGAACCAUAGGAAGCACAAACGGGAGACUUAUAUUUAUAAGCCCACACAGUAA